AAAGUCAACAUCCUUCUUAAGUCGUUGUCGACUAACCGUGAGUGAUGCACGUGCUGACCUUAAUAUGCUUGGCCAUUUUGACCACAGUUUCCAGCGGUCAAGUCGAAUCCAGAAGUGAUGUUCAAUGUACCAAUCAGGGAGGGCAAUGCUUGGAUUGGCGAUACUAUUUUUGCACGGCGGGUUGGGAAUCCGGAGUGUGUGAUGGAGAUUCCUAUCGGAGGUGCUGUCUCCCUUGCGAUCAGGCUUGCUUAGAUCAGGAGGACGAAUGGUCUCAACAAGACGAUGGAUGUACCUCGCAGGGUGGCAAAUGUCAACUCAACUCUAACUUUUGUGAUGGAUCUUAUUCUGGAGGCCUUUGCGCCGGGCCUUCCGAACGCCAAUGCUGUUUAGCAGUCCAGGCUCCUGAUCCGGAAUUUCGAGCGCUUUUCAUCGCAUCGGCUUUCAACGUAGAUUGGCCUACUUACGGUGGCGAAUCCAGUUCAGAACAACACGAUCAAAUGUUGGCCUUCUUGAAUACGGCCGAGGAAAUGAACAUGAAUGCGAUCAUGUUCCAGGUUCGCCCUGCGGCCGAUGCUCUCUACGAUUCUUCCAUUGAGCCUUGGAGUCGGUUCUUGACUGGCACUCAAGGUCAACCACCCAGUCCAUACUAUGAUCCUUUGGUCUUUGUGGUCGAAGAGGCCCAUAAAAGAGGCUUGGAGGUUCACGUCUGGCUGAACCCAUAUCGGGGAGGAAUCCAGACCAAUUAUGAUGGCUUGGCUGACAACCAUGUUUGUAACACUCUGAGGCAAUACUGCUAUGUGUAUGACAAGUACUUGUGGCUGGAUCCUGGCGCACCAGAAGUGGAGGAUCACUUGAUCCACGUCAUUACCGAUAUCGUGACCAGGUAUGACAUUGAUGGAGUUCAUUUCGACGAUUACUUCUAUCCCUACCCUGGAGAUAACGACUUUCCCGAUUCGAGCACCUACAACCAAUACGGAAAUGGGAUGACUCGAGCCGAUUGGCGUCGAGACAACGUCAAUCGGUUGAUCGAGCGUUGCUACGACACCAUCCAUGGUAUUAAAAGUCUUGUCAAAUUCAGUAUCAGCCCCUUCGGGAUCUACCGCCCGGGCGAGCCGGGGGGUAUGCCACCGCCCAUUGCUGGUUUGGAUCCGUACAGCGAGCAAUUUGCCGAUACCAAGCUAUGGUUACAAAAUGGUUGGGUUGAUUUCAUUGCGCCUCAACUGUAUUGGAAGAUUAGUGCUCCAGCACAAAGUUAUCCUACCUUGUUGGAUUGGUGGUUGGAUGAGGCCAAUGAUAUGGAUCGAUAUGUCUAUGCCGCCACAGGUGUAUAUCGACUGGAGGAUGGUUGGCCAGUGGGCGAGUUCUUGGACCAAGUGGCUCUCUCUCGAGAUAAUGGUAGACGGAGCAAGGGCUCUUUGGGGAACAUCCAUUACAGUGCCAAGUUCUUUAGAGACAACUACGACGGAAUUAGGGACGAGUUCAUCCGAAUCAACCCUAAUAAGGCAUCUGUUCCCCCAAUGGCUUGGUUGGGCGAGGGAAAGAUUCCAGAUAAACCUGAGGUCGUCAUUAAAGGUAGAAGCCUCAAUGUGGAUUUUGGGGAGAAGAGUGAAGUGGUCCGAAAUUGGUCAAUUCAUAGAGAGGUGGAUGGCAAGUGGGUCCUUCAAAAAACAAUACCCAAAGCCAUCCGUACUUUUAACAUUGCGACCAAUGGGAAAUACAUGAUUCAAGGAAAGAACGGAGCCAACGAAUUUGGCUCUCCCACAUUUAUUGAAAUAGAAUAAGUCGAAAUGCUUGAAAAAUCACUUCCAUCCACGAAUCAAUAACCCACAUCUUUGGAAUUGUUUGUAAAGAUUUCGCAUAAUACACAUUCAGAUUACAAAUGACAAA